GAAUAAACCAGUAUUGUUAUAGAAAAAAAUAGAAGAAAAGAAAAAGAAAAAAAAAGAAAAAAAAAUCGGUGGGUUGCAAAGUUGCUACGAAACCAUUUCAUUUUUUAUUUAACCUUUAUUUACAAUGACGGCCAAUCCGGACGACGCUGGGCCAAUUGUACGCCGCCCUAUGGGACUCCCAAUCACGGCCGGUUAUGAUACAGCCUGGAAUCGAACCAGGGUCUGUAGUGAUGCCUCUAUCACAAACAUGUAGUGGCUGAGACCGCUGCGCCACUCGGGAGCUCAAAAGUCCAAAUGUAAUUCGCUUGUCAAAGCCCUUCAAGUUCAAACCAAAAGAGGAAGAAGAUUUCACCUAAUAUUGCAUCAUGUUGAUUCCUGUUCGUUUGAAUUUUUGCCAGCCACUUCAAGGUUUAACUAAAUCUAAACAGGGGAGCCCAUCCUUAUCCAUGUAGAUCAGUGGUUAUCAUAGCUUUCUAGACGUCUCGCUGGUGGGGUGCUCUGCGGGGAGGAAGUGAUGCAGGGAAUAUUCCCUUAAUGUCUACAUAAGGGCGAAACACAAAGAAACUGUAAGCCUUUCGUACUGGUUCAUCUGAGUUGUUUGAUUUAGCAGUCAAUUUAAAGUAGAAGUCAGUCGUUUAUGGCGGUUGUUUGCAAACCAGGUGCGUUCUUAUCAGGCGAAAGUCAACUGAAACGCUCGGUUUUGUUUAUGAUGCUGACUAGCUAACGUUAGCUGGCUAUCUUUUUAGCUAUGUGGGGAUGUUUGUUUGUGUCGUGUCCUAAGAUAGCAAGCUAACGUUUUGUUUUACUAGCUAAUGUUAUUGGAGUGAUGUACGCGAUUUUCUAGACAAUCAUUUCUUUUUAAAAGCAAGUAAACAAACUGAAUCUACAUGUGGGAGAACAACACCCCUGUAUGACAUUAUGCUUAUGGUGACAAGAUGGUGUGUGUCAUUCAGCAUUGCGGUCACUACAAUGGAGCAGAAAAAGAUGACACCUUCAUCUAGAGUGGUCAAUGCAUUCUGAGGAAGUGUCUGGCCCAAGGGCAUGUUGAGACGUCUCACCAGGCUAGAGCAGAGGCGUCUAGGUGGGGCAGGCAGGGCCUGAAGGAGGGGAGGACAGACCGUGAGAACCAAAGCGAGCGACAUGGGCCAGUGUGUCACCAAGUGUAAGAACCCAUCGUCCUCGCUUGGGAGCAAGAGUGGCGACAAGGAGCCUGGGUCCAAGUCCCACCAUAAGAAAUGCGGGGGUGGGGGAGGAGGACACAAGGAGGAUCCCAGCUCCCUGAGCAGCAAGGCCUCCAGUGAGCUCAUGUUCAAUGGCACCAAGAAUGCCUUGGAGGUUACCGUGGAGACCACGAUGAUCCCCACAUCGGCCAUGAUGGGGGACCUGAGGAAUGAGGAGCACUCGGUGGCAGAUAGGGAGGGGCCGUCCUUGCUGCGCAUCGAGGAGCUUUUCUGCUGCUACAAGGACCCGCAGGAGGAGUCUAUCUUGGAGGAGGGCAUGGAGAGGUUCUGCAACGACCUGUACGUGGACCCCGCCGAGUUCCGUGUGCUGGUCCUCGCUUGGAAGUUUCAGGCUGCCACCAUGUGCAAGUUUACAAGGAAGGAGUUUGUAGACGGAUGCAGGGCGAUCAAGGCAGACAGUCUCGAGGGCAUCUGCUCCCGGUUCCCCUUCAUGCUGCUGGAGGCGCAGGGCGAGGAGAACUUCAAGGAGCUGUACCGCUUCACCUUCCAGUUCGGCCUGGACGCUGAUGAAGGCCAGCGCUCGCUGCAGCGUGACAUCGCCAUUGCGCUGUGGCGCUUGGUCUUCACGCAGGACACGCCAGCCAUCCUCGAGCACUGGCUGGAGUUCCUGGGCGAGAACCCGUCAGGUGUGCGAGGCAUCUCGCGGGACACCUGGAACAUGUUCCUCAACUUCACGCAGGCCAUCGGGCCGGACCUGAGCAACUACAGCGAGGACGAGGCCUGGCCAAGCCUCUUUGACACCUUUGUAGAGUGGGAGAUGGAGCGCAGGAGAAAAGAAGAGCUGUUAAAGAGGGCAGAGGAGGAGGACAGGGGAUGCACUGAGACAGAUGAGAGCUCUCCCUCCAGUACAGACAGACUUGAAACAGAGGGCGGACGGGGCUCACAGACCUGGGGGGGGCAAUGACUAUAGAAUUCUGGGAAGGGAGGUUGGGGUGGGUGGAGUCUGACCUAAGUGAACUGUACAUCUGUGAAUCAUUGGAUGACAAAUUGGUAUUACUGUUAUUCCUCUCUCUCCUUUUCUGUUGGGGUGGGCUGGGAUUUGCUUCCACCCUGCUUUAUUUCUGGUUAAUGAAAGGGCUCAAAUAACUAUUGUUUUAGCACUUCUAUUUAAGUUAUUUGUUUUAUUUGUCUUUAAUAUGUGUUUUAGGUCAUUUGGACUUGUGGUCCAUUUGAAUCUUUCCCCACCCUCCCUAAACUCACAAAACAAGAUCAGUAUAUAAGGUUGCUUUAAAAGCCAGGUGCCAGAAAGCCAUACCCCAAGUCUCACAUUUUUACAGCUUACAUUGACCUGGAAACACUGGUGAUUUAACCUCUCACCCAAAGACGCAGGCCUAUUAAAAUCUCAUAUUACAUUAAGGGAAAUCUAGUUGUCUGCAAAUAACACCUUAUUACCAGAGCCUGAGCUUUACCUUUUGGGGUCAGUGAAAUCAACUUGAUAUUAAAUCAUGUUUUUAUUUUAUUGUUAUUGGAACAAUAUUUGAGUGUGGAUGAAUUGGGUUGCGUUUUGAAAUGUGGACUAUUUAAAGGGUUAUUCUUGGCCUAUCUAUUGCCUGUAGUUGUGAUGGCCAACCAUGAUUUGUUCAAAGAUUUGUGGUCGUACUCAAGCGUGCGUAAUGUCCUAAGACUGAGUAAUGUCCAAAAGUAAACAUUUAUUUGACAGUGACAAUACCAAUUACUUCCUAAUUUUUUAAAUUUUAUUUAUCUAAAUUAAAAAGUGUUUAGUGCAUUCGGAAAGUAUUCAGACCCCAUCACUUUUUCCACAUUUUGUUACAUUUUGCCUUAUUCUAAAAUGAAUUAAGUUAAUUUAUUUCCUCAUAAUGACAAAGCGAAAAACGUUGUAGAAAUUUUAGCAAUUUGAUUACAAAUAAACAAAUGCCUUAUUUACAUAAGUAUUCAGACCCUUUGCUAUGAGACUCGAAAUUGAGCUCCGGUGCAUCCUGUUCCAUUGAUCAUCUUUGAGAUGUUUCUACAACUUGAUUGGAGUCCACCUGUGGUAAAUUCAAUUGCUUGGACAUGAUUUGGAAAGGCACACACCUGUCUAUGUAACAUCCCACAGUUGACAGUGCAUGUCAGAGCAUGUCAUGAGGUCGAAGGAAUUUUCCAUAGAGCCCCGAGACAGGUUUGUGUCAAGAUCUGUGUCACAUAUCUGGGGAAGGUUACCAAAAAAUGUAUCCUGCAUUGAAGGUCCCCAAGAACACAGUGGCCUCCUCCAUUCUUAAAUGGAAGAUGUUUGGAACCACCAAGUCUCUUCCUACCGCUGGCCGCUCGGCCAAACUGAGCAAUCGGAAAAAGGGCCUUGAUCAGGGAAGUGACCAAGAACCCGAUGGUCACUCUGACAGAGCUCCAGAGUUCCUCUGUGGAGAUGGUUGUCCUUCUGCAGCACUCCACCAAUCAGGCCUUUAUGGUAGAGUGGCCAGACGGAAGCCACUCCUUGGUAAAAAGCACAUGACAGCCCGCUUGCAGUUUGACAAAAGGUACUUAAAGGACUCUGACCAUGAGAUACAAGAUUCUCUGAAUGCCAAGAGUCAGGUCUGGAGGAAACCUGGCACCAUCCCUACGUUGAAACAUGGUGGUGGCAGCACCUGGACUUGAAAACGAUCGAACAUCUCUGGAGAGACCUGAAAAUAGCAGUGUGCGGCAACACUCCCCAUCCAACCUGACAGCGCAUGAGAGGAUCUGCAGUGAAGGUGCUCUAACAAAGUACAGAGUAAAGGGUCUGAAUACUUAUGUACAUUUUAUACUUACGUUUUAUUUUGAUGAACUAGCAAACAUUUCUGGUUUUGCCUUGUCAUUCUGGGGUAUUGUGUGUAGAUUGAGGGGGGGACAAUUGAAUUAAAUUCAGAAUCUGGUUUUGCCUUGUCAUUCUGGGGUAUUGUGUGUAGAUUGAGGGGGGGACAAUUGAAUUAAAUUCAGAAUCUGGUUUUGCCUUGUCAUUCUGGGGUAUUGUGUGUAGAUUGAGGGGGGGACAAUUGAAUUAAAUUCAGAAUCUGGUUUUGCCUUGUCAUUCUGGGGUAUUGUGUGUAGAUUGAGGGGGGGACAAUUGAAUUAAAUUCAGAAUAAGGCUGUAAUGUAACAAAAUGUGGAAUAAGUGAAGGUCUGAACUUUCUGAAUGCACUGUACCAAUAAGUCCUUUCAAAUGUCAAGUUGAUUUCUUCGAAAACGAUCCCACUCUUUUAUGCUCUCUUCUGCUCUUUGAGUGCUCUAGACUGCAACAGUGUCUUAGCUUAUUCUAACUAACAACCAGGGCUUGGUUCCAUGUUGGUCCCUAGCCCCAGUCCCUUUUAGUGUUCACAGAUCCCAAAUGACUGGACACAUCUAAGCGAUAUGGUUUUGGCCUGUGGACUUAUGCCUAUAGCUUUCACAUCUAGUUCUUUCAGAUCUGUGAACACCCUAGGGUAGGUAGGUGUUAUGGGUUGGCCCUGGUCUUGUGCAAACAGAAGGUGGCUGUACCUGGGCUACAUUCAGGACUGGGGCAUUACACAAAGCUUUUGUCUCGUUUACCUUUCCAAGUUCUCAACAAUCUUAUACCAUUGGACAGCUAUUCACUCUAGUUUUGUGAACAUGUCAAGAAUGUGUGUUGGCUGCUAGUGACUGUUGUGUUAAGUGCACAAAACACAAUAGUCCUCCUAGUCGCCAUGCUUGUAAUGCUCUCAUUCUUUUAUGUCUGCACUCGGUUCUAAACCAUUCACAACUGUUGAAUGAAAUUGGACAUAGCCCAGGCCUUUUGGUGACAGUGGAUCGUUAACCAGGUGUAUUGGCUCAUUGAGUAUCUGUAACUAGGUCAGGUGGUGCCCUUCUUGUGAGGUUUACAAUUACAAUGGUUUCAUUUCAGAUCCCUUUGCCCUUUUUAUAUAAAAUGCAUUGAUUUAUAAAAAAUAAAACAGUGUUCAACUUUU